AUGGCUGGUCUUGAUCCAACCAUAUCGCCAGCAGGCUUUCUAUCAUACUAUAAAGAUGACCAUGACCAUGUAGUACACCUCGAGAAUGACAAGAAUUGCGAGCCAGUCCCAUUCCCGAUCGCUAUUGUUGGUAUGUCAAUGAGGCUCCCCGGUGGCGUCAACUGUGAAAAAGAGCUUUGGGAUUUGUUGAUCAACAAGCGAGAUGGCCGUUGCACGGUUCCUGAGGACCGCUACAACAUUGGGGCUUUCUACGAUGAAAGCCGCCCUGGUGCAAUUCGGACCCAACACGGUUAUUUCCUUCAACAAGACAUAUCACACGUUGAUGCUGCAUUCUUCGGCAUGAGCAAGAUCGAAGCCGCGAAACUUGACCCACAACAACGAAUACUGCUUGAGGUUGUAUGGGAAUGCAUGGAAAAUGCAGGUCAGAUACCUGCCGAGUGCCGAGGGAAGAACAUUGGAUGUUACGUCGGAGUGUUUGGAGAGGAUUGGCUAGAUCUUAUGAGCAAGGAUACACUGGCCAUCGACCGUUAUAGAGUAGUCAGCGCAGCUGAUUUCGCUCUUUCAAACCGAAUAUCUUAUGAGUUUGAUCUACGGGGCCCUAGCAUCACAUUUCGAACUGGUUGUUCCUCGGCGCUGGUGGGUCUUCACGAUGCCUGUCAGGCGUUGUAUGCAGGCGAAUGUUCCUCGGCGCUGGUGGCUGGUACGAAUCUAAUCAUUACCCCAACAACAACUACCGCUAUGUCAGAGACUACGACACUCUCCCCAAGCGGCGUUUCCAAAACCUUCGAUGCUGCAGCAGACGGUUAUGGGAGAGGCGAAGCCGUAAAUGCAAUCUAUAUUAAGCCCUUAGACGCUUGCCUUAGAGAUGGGGACCCGGUUCGUGCUGUGAUCCGGUCUACAGCUGUCAACUGCGAUGGCAAAACACCGACCAUCACAACUCCGAGUUCCCAGGCACAGGAAACGCUCAUUAGAAGGGCUUAUCAGAAAGCACGAAUUGCUGAUCUGGCUAAAACGGCAUUUUUUGAAUGUCACGGAACCGGAACGAUUGUGGGGGAUACUGCGGAAACAUCUGUUAUUGCUAAGGUGUUUGGUAAAGAUGGCAUACACAUUGGAGCGGUGAAACCAAACUUGGGCCAUUCAGAAGGUGCAUCGGGAAUUACCGGUGUCAUUAAAAGUGUCCUGGCACUUGAGCACCAGACCAUUCCUCCAAACAUACAUUUCAAGGACCCGAAUCCCAACAUUCCUUUCAAAGAAGCGAAGUUGCAGGUUCCUGUCGAUACGACGCCGUGGCCGGCCGAUAAAUGUGAAAGAAUCAGCGUCAAUUCGUUCGGUAUUGGAGGCACCAAUGCUCAUCUUGUUUUGGAUUCUACAUAUUCUGUGUGUGGAGAGUCUAUGCAUAGGGCUGUUUCCGGCAAUGGGACAGGUCCUCACCUUUUACUUGCCUCUGCGAAGUCGACAACUUCGCUUGAUAGCAGUAUCAAAUCAAUCAACAGUUACCUUGAAGCUACUCCAUCUGCAGUGGCUGACAUGUCAUACACCCUGGCAUUUAAACGGGAGCACAUGCAACACCGAGCGUUCGCAAUAGCCGAGAAAGACGGCUCAAUUUCGACGUUCGAAAAAGCUCGCGCUGUCUCCGCACAGAUUUGCUUUGUAUUUACCGGGCAGGGAGCACAAUGGCCAGGCAUGGAGGAGCUCUUGAACACCAACGACGUGGAUCGAUUUCAGAAGGUGAGAUUCUCUCAGCCUCUCUGUACUGCUAUCCAACUUGGCCUUGUGGAUUUCCUUCAUGACCUUGGGGUCCGGCCAUCCGUCGCCUUGGGCCACUCGAGUGGAGAAAUUGCCGCGGCUUAUGCUUCCGGCGCUAUCACUGCCGCAACUGCUAUCAAGAUCGCGCAUUUCCGUGGCCUGGUUAUGGAUUCGACAAAAUCAAAUGGCGCCAUGGCAGCAAUCGGCCUUGGACGUACCGAAGUGGAGCAAUAUCUGAGGGAUGGUGUCGUUGUGGCGUGUGAAAACAGCCCUCAAAGCGUGACCAUCUCUGGAAACAAGGAAGCAAUAGAUGAUGUGUUGAAAGAAAUAGAUGCAAAGGGUGAGAUAUUCUGUCGACGUCUUGCAGUUAAUGUUGCAUACCAUUCACACCAUAUGGAGGAGACGGGUGGAUUUUUCGAAUCUCUGCUUUCGGAUAUUUCUUUUAAUAAGUCCAUGACCCCACUGGUGUCCACCGUCACCAACGAAACGAUUUCUGACCCCUGUCUUCUGAACCCUUCAUACUGGAGGAAGAACGUGGAGUCCCCAGUCCUAUUUAACACUGCUCUUCAGAAGAUACUCUGCGGUAAUGAGCAGAAAAAGGUACUUCUUGAGAUAGGGCCGCAUUCGGCUCUCUCUGGUCCUUUGCGGCAAAUAAUUUCUCAUGCCGACGCGGGAGGGAAAUGUUCAUACACACCAACCUUUGUUCGGGGCAAAGACCAAUGGGGGUGUUUAUUGGCCACGGCGGGCCAGUUACACACCCAGGGCACUGAUGUCAAUCUAUCGCGUCUGAUUUGUCAGGGCACGACGUUGACAGACCUUGCCCCUUACUCCUGGGACCAUAAUGAAUCGUUUUGGAACGAGUCCCGUCUGACAAAGGGCUGGAGACUUCGACAGGCUCCCCAUCAUGAGCUAUUGGGAAGUCGAGCUCUUGAAUCCAGCGACUUGGAACCCGUAUGGCGGAACAUGCUGCAGUUGGAAAAUGUAACAUGGAUCAUGGAACAUAAGAUCGGGGGAGAAAUCGUCUUCCCAGCGGCUGGAUAUGUGGCCAUGGUAGGAGAGGCUAUCCAGCAGAUCUCCGGGACGCCCGAAUAUUCAGUGAAAAAUGUGUUUAUGCGAAAUGCAUUAGUACUGAAAGAAACAAAUACAGAAGCCGCCGAGAUCAUAACGAGCCUUCGACCAACAAAACUCACGGAUCAUCUGGAUUCGCAAUGGUACGACUUCUCAAUCACUGCGCAUCAGGACGGGGUGUGGAAGAAACAUUGUGUUGGACAAAUUCGAGCAGAACCAGAUGGACUCGAUUGCGGGGAAGGUCCAAUUGUUUCCUAUACACGCAAAGUACCGGCCAAGGAAUGGUAUGAGGCAUUGGAAAACAGAGGUCUUGAGUACGGUCCUCGAUUUCGCGGGCUGCGUGAUAUUACUGCGAGCCCGACGAGUACCGAGGCCGCGGCAAUUUUACAUGAUGCGAGCGAGCUGAAAGCUAGCCGCUAUUCCCUCCACCCAGUUUUGAUAGACCAAUGCCUCCAACUGUUAAGUGUAGCAGGUGCUCAAGGAAUUAAACGUUCCAUGACGCAGUUAUGCAUACCUACCGCGAUCGAGAGUCUGUAUAUCGCUACUGGACGGGAAUCAAUGUCUUUGAAAGCGAGAUGUGAUGCAGCUGGAAGCACGAUGACUGGCGAUACCUUGUUGAUUGCGGAUGAGAAGCCUGUGCUUUCUCUGAAGCGAUGUUUCUUCUUCGGCAUCAGUGAAUCGGCGCUCAAUGAUGAGAAUGGGCCGUCUGCCGCAACAUUAAUCUGGAAACCUCAUAUCGAUUUUAUUCAACCUGAGACGCUACUUCCACCUAUUCCAGACGACACGAAUGGCGGAAAGCUGGGUUCAGAAAUGACAAAACUUUUGAUACUGGAAACUUAUCACCAGACAAAAUCAUCCUGUCCAACAAAGGAACAUUUGAAAAAGUACCAUAAGUGGUUGUCCUCGCAAUACGAGAAGAUAAAAGAUGAUGAUCCUGGUCUUCUUCCUGAAAUGAGGGAUAAGUCUGCCUCCGACCCCCAAAGCCGUCUGCCACGGAUCCAAGAGCUGGAGAAAACCAUCAAAGACCCUUUGGCGAAGAGUUUAAAUACUGCGGCCCAGGAGGUUCUGUCGAAUAUCCAAGAUAUCCUCGAUGACAAAAUAAGUGCCCUGGAGGUAAUUAUGGAAAGCGAUGCUGUCCGAUUCAUGUACGAAGAGUCGUCUCGGCUAUGCCACCCGGAAAACUUCUUGUCCCUGCUCAGCCAUUCACGACCUACUCUCAAAGUGUUGGAAGUUGGCGCAGGAACUGGUGGAGCCACUGCGGUUGCUCUCGAUGCCUUGUUCUCUACAACAACUCAUAAGAGCCGCAUGUACUCGAGCUACACUUCUACUGACAUAUCAGCGGGUUUUUUCUCUCAGGCAAAAGAGCGCUUUAAGGACUUCCCGGGGCUUGGUUACGAGACGCUCGAUAUAUCUGCGGACCCUGAAGAGCAAGGGUUUGCCGCGGAAGACUACGACUUAAUCAUUGCCUCUAAUGUCGUUCAUGCUACUCCAAGGAUCUUGGAGACACUCAAAAAUCUUCGUAAGCUUUUGGUUCCAGGGGGUCGGUUGUUCCUCACAGAGCUUUGUCCCACUGUCCCAGCUUUGAACUACAUCAUGGGUACUCUUCCUGGUUGGUGGAGCUCGGAGGACUCAAGGGAAAUACCAAUGAUAUCUGUCGCGCAAUGGCACCAAUGCCUUCUAGAUGCUGGAUUCACAGGCGUUGACAUUGUCCGAUAUGAUCGCGAGCCACCUUACAAUAUGAAUGCCUAUAUGAUCUCGCAGCGGCAAAGGACCACGAGACCACUUGUCAGAGAUAUCAGCUUCCUUCACAGCGGCACAGUCUCCAGGUGGGCGCGCGAUCUCGAACAGGCAUUCUUAGCCAAGGGAGUCAAUGUUCAAUGGUAUACCCUGGACGAACUACCUUCUUCAAUCAAUGACGUUAUAUCAUUGAUUGAACUUGAUUCCCCGUUCUUCAACUGUCUUUCAAAUCAAGAAUUCCAGGCCUUCCAAAAUUUCGUUUCACGUGUCAAAGAGUACUGUCUCUGGCUGAUUCGCCCAGUCCAGCUCGAUGAACAAGAUCCAGAUCCUAGGUUUGCCCUGACACUCGGACUGAUGCGAACAGUACGGAAAGAAUUUGCGGCAAGAUUUGCAACCCUUGAACUGGACCAAAAGGACACCAGUGCGACAGAAAACGUCUAUCAAGUAUUCCAAAAGACUUUCAGUCACAGACAUGAGUCACCGGCGGACAACGACCACGAAUUUGUUAUCAAAGAUGGGACAGUCCAGGUGGGCCGGUUCCAAUACGAUUAUUUCCAGGAUCUCAUGGCCAGGGGCCAGGGACUUGAACCGAGGUCUUUGGAUAUUGGGUGCUUUGGCAUGUUUGACUCUCUGACUUGGGCCUUGGAAGGACGAUCCAAACCCCUUGGUGAGCACGACGUUGAAGUGGACAUUUGCUUUGUCGGAUUAAAUUUCAGGGACAUAAUGAUAUCGAUGGGCCUGAUGGGAGACACCAGCCAGAUUGGCCUUGAAGCUGCCGGUAUCGUUCGAAAUGUGGGAUCAGAAGUGAAAACCAUCCAGGUUGGAGACCGAGUUUCCAUCCUGAGGAAAGGUCUUAUGGGUACUCGGAAGAUAAUUCCUGCGAGUUUUUGCUUCGUGAUUCCUGAUUAUAUGUCUCUCAAGGAUGCAGCAGCGUGCCCUUGUGUUUUCUCUACCGCUAUCUAUUCCUUGAUCAACUGCGGAAAUCUGCAGAAAGGACAAAAGAUUCUCAUCCACAGCGCCUGCGGCGGCGUUGGCUUGGCUGCGAUUCAGCUAUGCCAGGCAAUUGGGGCCGAGAUAUUCGCCACGGUUGGAAGCCAGGAGAAGAGAAACCAUCUCGUGGAAACCUUCAAUAUUGCCGAAGACCACAUCUUCGACUCGAGAAGCAUUAGCUUCGAAAAGAAUGUCAUGAACAUGACCGGUAAUAGGGGUGUUGACUUGGUUUUAAAUUCUCUUUCCGGAGAACUGCUGCAUGCAUCGUGGAGAUGUGUUGCUCCUAUGGGUAAGAUGAUUGAACUGGGUAAACGCGAUUUUCUCGGGCACGGCAAACUGGAUAUGGACAUUUUUGGUGCGAAUCGGACCUUCGUGGGUGUGGAUCUUCUUCAACGCGGCGAGCAGAACCCGUCACUCAUGCGAAACACAAUGGAACAAUUCAAACAGUAUUUGGAUGAGGAGAAACUCAGUCCUAUCCGGCCUGUUAAUGUGUUUAACGCGUCUGAUGUGGCUAAAGCAUUUAGACACAUGCAAGCUGGCAAGCACAUUGGCAAAAUUGUGCUUGAAAUGCCUCGUGACCCAUCCGAACUUUCGGUGUCCAAGUUGCAAGGAAAAGGUGCACUAUUCCGUCAUGACGCUUCAUACUUGUUGGUGGGUGGUUUGGGAGGACUCGGGCGUGCUGUGGCCAGAUGGAUGUUGGAGAAAGGUGCCCGGCAUUUGGUCUUCAUGUCAAGGUCCGGUCUGGAAUCAUCUAAGAAUCGAGAAUUCAUCCAAGAUUUGGAGUCUCAGGCGGAGUGUCACACCACGACAGUCACUGGGGACGUGUCAAAUGCUAACGACGUUGCACGAGCGGUGUCUGGCGCGACACGACCACUGGCAGGAGUCCUGCAACUUUCCAUGGUACUUCAUGAUCAAACUCUGGACAAGAUGACGUAUGAGGAGUGGAUAGAAGUCCUUGCUCCUAAAGUCCAAGGUACUUGGAAUUUACAUCACGCAGUCGAGAAACAGCCACUCGACUUCUUUAUCUUGUUCAGUUCAGUCUCCGGUAUUGCCGGAAAUAGCGGACAAGCUAAUUACGCAGCUGCCAAUACCUUCCUGGACGCCUUUGUGACGUACCGUCACUCAAAGGGAUUACCAGCUAGCGUGCUCGACCUUGGCUUUAUGGGUGAUGUUGGCUUCGUCUACGAGAACUUCAGCAGGAUGUUGGACCGAGCACGCAUGACAUCUUGGGAGAUUCUCCAGGAGGGUGAUCUUCUUAGAGCUCUCGAAAUUCUGAUAAUCCAGGGCACGCCCCAGCUUGCCAUAGGUAUGGGGACUACUAAACCCCCGUCGGAGAUUGAGAAGGGUGGCACGAUGGGACAGGACGCUCGCUUUCUUGCAUGGCACAAUAUGCUGGUAGGCACUGGUGGAGAGGAUACAAGUCAAGAUAACGAGCUGAAAGCCUUGGUGGCCUCAAUCAAGCGUGAUCCAGCUCUUCUUUACGAUCCAGCCACUGAGGUCAAAAUUACGUACGAGAUCGGUCGCAUGGUUGCCACAAACAUGUCAUAUCCUACCGAAAUGACAGAGGAGGAACUUGUUGAAAUUACAAUCGAUUCGUUAAUGACCAUCGAGAUACGCAGCUGGUUCCGGCGCAAUGUCGGCAUUGAGGUGUCAAUCGCAGAGAUUUCCAAUGCAAGAAACGUCAAAGGGCUCGGCGCGAUCACGAUGAAGAUUCUUCGCGAAAGGCACAAUGCUAGAGAGCUUGAAAAUGUGAAAGGGGCCAUCGUGGGUGCAGAAACAAACCAGGUCGAUGAGGUUGCGCUUUUUAGGGAAGAUUUGGAGCUGGCUAAGAAUCUGCAGCCAAUAUCAGCCCCUGUUCCGUGCUGGCAUUCCGAAUCCGAAGGUCGAGUAUUCCUGACUGAAGCAACCGGAUUUUUGGCUGCCUUUUUCCUUUCACACUUAGCCAGCCUUCCACAGGUGAAAGAAAUUGCCUGCUUGGUGCGGGCACCAGAUGCCUCUACAGGCAUGUCACGAAUGAAAGAAACCCUGGAGCAUUACGGACUUCCUCUAGAUUUCGAGUCCAAGAUUAUUGUGGUUCCGGGUGAUGUCGCCGAUCCUACAUUCAAGCUCGGACAGGACAAGUUUGAAUACUUUGCUGAGUGGGCCAGCGUCAUCUUCCAUCUUACAGCCCGUUCCACCUACACGCUUCCGUACUCGAGCCAUCGCGACGCCAAUGUUCUUGGGAUGUUCAACAUGCUCCGAUUUGCUAAUACGAAGCGCCUCAAGCCACUCCACUAUUCUUCUAGCAUUUCAGCUUGCGGGGCAUCCGUAUACCUCGAUGGGGGGAGGCUUGUUCCCGAAAACGAGAGACCGGCUCUUGAUAACAUGGAAUCAUUCAUGAAACAGCACGUUGGCUACAGCCAGAGUAAGGUCGUGGCCGAAAGCAUUGCCUGGAACGCCAUUGAAAAUGGUAUGCCAGUGACCAUAUAUCGACUGCCUCUUAUAACCGGCCAUAGCAAGACGGGGACUGCGAAUGUAGAGGAUGCUUUCAGUCGAUUGAUGGCCAGCUCUAUCCGUAUCGGAUGUUAUCCGAUUGCCCCGGACGCCCGGUGCCAAUUGGCUCCUGUGGACUUUGCCUGCUCAGCGAUGCUGCGAAUCUCACUGGGCAGCGACCGAAGCCAUGCUUAUAAUUGUGUUUUGCCUGACCAGGAUCAGACUCUGACAUGGGAUGAGACACUCGAGAUGGUGGGCCAGUCCACUUCGCCGCCCUUAAAACGCGUGCCGCCUUCGGAGUGGACCAACAUUUUUGCAAUGCAUGCGGCACAAAAUCUCAAAGUCGCGUCUUCAUAUAUUCAGGAAAAACUUCAGGAAGCUUUGGUCUUCUGGCAGACGGAUAAUGUUGAGAAGACCAUGUUUGAGAACACAAAUUGUCGACGGGCCUUGGCCGAUUCCCCGGAGAUCUUGGAGCUACCGUCCAUGCCCGAGCUCUUGCGGGUUUACUUCACAGUGUGGUCCAAACUAGCGGAACAGUAG